GCUGUCAUGUCUCCUCCUCCCCGCCCGGUGACGCUGUCGGUGACAUCUCUGCUCCUCCCCGGCCGCCUCUGCCCGUCUCUCACUAUCAUCUCUCUCCAGUCCACGGCAGGGGCUCUCCGGCUGUGUCUCCUCCGGCUGCAGCUGUCCCCCGCCAUCUCUCACCCUGCUGCCAGCUGUGUGCCCCCCGCCUGCCCUCUCCUCCGUCCCCCUGUCCCUCCUCGCUCAGUAUGUCUCCUCAGCCCCACAUUGCCUCUCCAACUCUGACAUGAGCUCCAAGAAAGUUUCAGGUAACAGCUCAGGAAAGAAGAGCAAGAAGAAGCAAAGAAAGCACAAGAAGGUGGCAGAACGGGAGACAACAGAGGCACCAGAGGCACGCAGCCCCAGCCUAGACAGCCAGAGCGGCAUCGCUGACCCUAACCUGAAUGAUGUGCCCAUGUCCCCCGGACCCCCGCCUACCCCACCCACACCAGUGCUGCCGCCUCCUGGGCCCUUGGGCUCUGACAAUGAGGAACAGGAAGAUCCUGGAGAUUAUUGUAGAGGAGGCUAUUACCCAGUUAAAAUUGGGGACCUUUUUAAUGGCCGAUACCAUGUAGUGCGAAAACUUGGCUGGGGCCACUUCUCCACCGUCUGGCUAUGUUGGGACCUUCAGAGGAAGCGUUUCGGAGCUCUCAAAGUGGUGAAGAGCGCUGUGCAUUACACGGAGACGGCCAUAGAUGAAAUUAAACUGCUGAAAUGUGUUAGAGACAGUGACCCGAGCGACCCCAAGAGAGAGAUGAUCGUGCAGCUUAUUGAUGACUUCAAGAUAUCGGGUGUGAAUGGUGUACAUGUCUGCAUGGUGUUGGAGGUGCUCGGACAUCAGUUACUGAAGUGGAUCAUCAAAUCUAACUAUGAAGGACUCCCCUUAAUCUGUGUGAAGACCAUCAUACGUCAGGUAUUACAAGGCUUGGAUUAUCUCCACACCAAAUGCAAAAUCAUCCAUACCGAUAUCAAGCCAGAAAACAUAUUAAUGUGUGUGGGGGAGGGGUACAUCAGACGUCUCGCUGCCGAGGCCACCAUUUGGCAGCAGUCUGGAGAACCUCCCCCGUCUGGGUCCGCUGUCAGCUCCGCACCUCCUACACAUCACAACUUGAACGGGAAAGUCUCUAAAAACAAGAAAAAGAAGUUAAAAAGACAACAGAAGCGUCAGCAGAAACUUCUGGAAGAACGACUGAGGGACAUCCACAACAUGGAGGAGCUGGGGCCCGGCAAUGGCUGUCUAGGCAUUCCCAUCCUAGACCAAUGUCAGCAGGGACACAAUGACAAGUCAUGGGGCUCCCAAGAAAGCCAUGACGCUACUGGCAACAGGGAGAAUCCUAUCCCAUCCGUCCCUGUAGACAAUGAAGGUGCAGACUCCUCCCUAGGAAGUGGAGAAACCACAUAUCUGGCUCAGAGUCCUCAAUCCUCCAGCAUGUAUGAGAACUGCAAUGGGUACAACAGGAGUCCUCGGGGCAUCAGUCCAGAUACACAUACGUCUGGUUUCUCCAGUUCUGCCUUCUCCGCCACCUCAGGCUCUGCCAUAUCUGGGAUCUCUGGAGGACGAGAAAGAGGCGGCCUCCUAUCCCCAAACCUGUCCAUCAAAGCUGCUGAUUUCCUGACUAACCCUUUGGACCCACAAAAUGCAGAUCAAAUAUCAGUGAAAAUUGCAGACUUAGGCAAUGCAUGCUGGGUGCACAAACACUUUACUGACGACAUUCAGACGCGGCAAUAUCGUGCCUUGGAGGUUUUAAUAGGUGCCGGAUACGGAACCCCUGCUGAUAUUUGGAGCACUGCCUGUAUGGCCUUUGAGCUGGCGACAGGAGAUUAUCUCUUUGAGCCUCAUUCAGGGGAAGAUUACACACGUGAUGAAGAUCACAUAGCACACAUCAUUGAGCUUCUAGGAGACAUCCCCCCACAUUUUGCACUGUCAGGCCGUUACUCCCGAGAGUACUUCACAAGGAGAGGAGAACUUCGGCACAUACAAAACCUGAAGCACUGGGGUCUUUUUGAGGUCCUGGUGGAGAAGUACGAGUGGUCACUAGAAGAAGCCACUCAGUUUUCAGACUUUCUGAUGCCCAUGUUGGAGUUUAUUCCGGAAAAGAGGGCCACCGCCGCACAGUGCCUGCAGCACCCCUGGCUUAACUCCUAACCCUAGCUACAUGGCUGCUGUCUGGGAAGCCUUGGCACAUCCGGUGGGCAUCUGUCAUGUUAAGGACCUGAUUCCUAAAAGAGAAAAAUUUUGAUAUGACUAAAUGGUUAGUGGGUACAGGUCUUAUGAGUACGAGCCUAAACACGUGAAUCUGCCACCAAUCUGUCACCCCGGAGAACUGCCAGGUAUUAUAAGGGUUGUUUUAAUUUCCAAAGUGGUGGAACGGCUCCCGGUCUGUAGCCUAUAGGAAAGAUUACCCAUUGCCUGCACAUGAAGCUAUAAGUAUGACCGCGCUGUGGAGUAAGACACAUUGUGCCUUAUGCCUCAGUUCCAUCAUUAGAUCCCAUUGAAAGGAGAAAUUAAACUUAUGUUCACUAAUAGUAGCCGAUCCCGUGCUAUUGAAGUGGGUAGGCUCUAACACUAUACAGCAGUGUUUCCCAACCAGUGUGGCUCCAGCUGUUGCAAAACUACA